AAACCCUGAAGGCACUUCCUUUCUGAGGCUCUUCCUCCGGAAGUCACCCUUUCCCUUUCCCGUUACAUCUGCAAGAAGCUUUCUCUUACGGAGACCACUGUUGGUCUCCUCUCCCCACGCUCAGUUUUCUUCUCCCAGAAACCCUAAAGAUGAGCAGCAGAGGCUCUCCUUCACCGUAGAUUAUCUUGUAGACUCGUGUGGGUUAUCUCCGGAUUACGCCAUCGCAGCCUCUCGGAAGCUCUUGCUGGAUUCUCCGGAACGCCCCAACACCGUUGUAAAGCUUCUUCGUGAGCAUGGAUUCUCCACGGCGCAGAUCUCCAGCCUCGUCAAGAAACGCCCCGUCCUGCUGCUAGCCAAUGCCGAAUCCGUUCUCCUCCCGAAACUCCGAUUCUUCCUCUCCAUCGGCGUCUCCAAAUCCUUGCUCGCCCGAACCCUUGCUUCUGAUCCCACCAUCUUGACCAGAAGCCUCGUCAACCAGCUUAUCCCUUCCUACAAUUUCCUCAAGAGCGUCCUCGAAUCCGACGAGAAGAUCGUCGCUGCGCUUCGCCGGACGACCUGGGUAUUCCUGGAGGACCACACCAAGAACCUCGUCCCCAACAUCAACUACAUGUCGGAGUCCGGCGUCCCGCAGAAAUGCAUUCAGCUGCUCCUCGCCCAUUUCCCCGAAGCGGUGAUGCAGAAGAAGCACGAGUUCCGCGCAAUCACGGAGCAAGCUAAAGAAAUGGGGUUCGACCCCCAAAAGUCAACCUUUGUGCUGGCGAUCCACGCCCUCUCUGGGAAAGGCAACAAAUCCAUAUGGGACAAGUGCUUCCAGGUGUACAAAGGAUGGGGCUGGUCGGAAGAAGACAUCAUGCGCGCGUUCAAGAAGCACCCGCACUGUAUGAUGCUGUCGGAGAGGAAGAUCAACAGAACGAUGGAGUUUCUAGUCAAGGAGAUGAAUUUGGAGGCUCGAUCGAUGGCACAGUGUCCCGUGGUACUCUUCUUCAGCCUGGACAAGAGGAUUAUCCCAAGGUGUUCGGUGAUGAAGGUUUUGGCAUCAAAGGGGCUGGUGAAGGAGGACUGGAGCUUGACCUCAUUGUUGGUUCCGGUGGAGAAAGUGUUCUUGGAGAAGCUCGUGGUCAAGUACCAGCACCAAUUGCCUGACUUGAUUCAUGUCUAUAGACGCGGAGAUCACUGCAAUCCAACAACUUAGAGAGCCCUGUUUCCUCUCUUUUUUUUUAGUUCCUUUGCCAAGACAGUGUACAAGUAUAAUCCAAUUUUGGUAAAUAUAAAGAGAGAGUUCAAUCUAUAAAAUAGUCGUAGCCUCAAAACAAAAGAUGAUUCUCAAUCCUGAAACAAGGAAUUGGUUUAUCGUAUGACAGCACCAAAUAGCUCAAACAAAGGGCAGAGAAUUACCAAAGCAACACAAAUUCAAAAACUGAGGCUUGGGAAGGGAUGAAUUUGAGGAAUGGUGAAGCCAUAUCUCUCUUGAGUACAGGCAACAGCAAAACGAAGAUUAGAGACCAUCUCUUGUUCGCACUUGUGUAACAGCAAACCAAAGUCCUCCUCUUGCCCAUUUCAGUUCUUUAUUCUUCUUCUUUUUUUACUUUAAAACUAAAUAAAGAUGCUCUCUUGGGGACCGAUCAAUCACGAUGAUGACUAGAAUGUUCAACGCCUCUGCGAUCAAAAUUAACGUUUAGCGAGUGACGUCCAUCUUCACCGAAGUUUCGAUUUUGAUCUGAGAACCCCUGAAUGGGUAUCCUGACUCCGAUUUGUAGGUCGUCGCUUUCUCGAUUAUCCCUCCGCCAUCGUCAUCUUCUUCAGUCUUGUUCGCUGCUCUCGGAAAAUCCUAGUUUCAAUUUCUCCAGAAGGUGGCAUUUUGGCCACCCUGAUCACCAACGUCAAAGGUCCGGAGAAGAAGGGGAGAAAAUUUUCCGGCUUGGUCUCACCGCAGAUAUCGGUUUAUCUGUCGGUAAAGCUCUCACCGGUUACCUCUGCGGCAGCACAGCCAUUAUCGCCGACGCUGCUCAUUCCGUUUCCGAUGUGGUUCUAAGUGGUGUUGCUCUCUUCUCUUACAGAGCUGCAAAUGUUCCCAAGGACAAAGAACAUCCAUAUGGUCACGGUAAGUUUGAAACUCUGGGAGCCCUUGGAAUCUCUGGCAUGCUUUUGGCCACUGGCUGUGGUAUUGCGUGGCAUGCUCUACACCUUUUAUAUAGUGCAGUGUCCGCAGCUCCUGAGGUGGUUCAGGAGAUGCAUCAUCACGGAAUUGAUAUGAGCCAUCCCAUUCUCGCUUUGACUGUAACUAUUGCUUCCAUUUCUAUCAAAGAAGGGCUUUACUGGAUCACAAAACGAGCAGGAGAAAAACAAGGGAGUGGGCUGAUGAUGGCAAAUGCAUGGCAUCACCGCUCAGAUGCAAUAUCCUCUGUAGUUGCACUAGUUGGAGUUGGAGGUUCCAUUCUCGGAGUUAAGUUUUUAGACCCCCUGGCUGGUCUUGUUGUCUCGGCAAUGAUUUUCAAAGCUGGACUGGAAACGGGGCACCAAAGUGUCCUGGAACUGGUGGAUGCUGCUAUACCAGCUCAGCAAUUAGAGCCAAUAAGACAAACCAUACUACAGGUUGAAGGAGUCAAGGGAUGUCAUCGGCUAAGGGGUAGGAGAGCUGGUUCAUCGUUGUAUCUUGAUGUCCACAUUGUGGUAGAUCCCUUUUCCAGUGUGAGUGUUGCACAUGAGGUAGGAGAAUCUGUACGAGGACAGAUCAAUAAGAGCCAUCCUGAAGUUUCUGAAGUUUUCAUUCAUAUAGAUCCAGCCUUUUUACAGUUUUCUUCUAGCAUGAUGGAUCAUGAUAGUAUAAAGAAGGAAAGUAAUCAAGAAAGUAACAUCUGCGAAGAGAUUAAACAUGUCGAAGCCACUGUCUCAGACAUUUUUUCGUCACAGUUCUCUGAGAAAAUGACGGUCAAACGAGUUACACCACACUUGUUGCAUAGCAAGAUCUUGCUCCAAAUCGAAAUCGCGAUGCCAUCAACCAUGACAAUACAGGACGCCAUGAAAGCUGCUGAAGAUGCAGAGAAGGAGAUUUUGAAGGCAGCCACAAAUGUGGCUCGUGUCAGCAUUCAGCUUAGUCUUAAGAACUCCUUGCCUCAGUGAUUAGCCCCUGGUGUUUGAAGGAAAUAACAAGAGAAACCCCGCUCUGCGUAUCUGCAACUAUGUACAACUUAUUAUACAAAGAAAUAUACAAUGAGCCAAUUCUGUUUAUAACUAUGUCGGCGUUUCGUUUAUAUUUCUCGAAAGUUUGCAACUUGAUGAGUCCAAAGCUGAGAAAAGAUAUUGGGUUUGUAAAAUUGCUGAGCAAUGAUUCUGCGUUGGAUAAGAUGGAAGUAAAAAUAACAUCAUAGCUCUACAUAGCUUCUUUCAGCCCUGACAUUGUUACAAUGAGAGUAACAUCAAUAAGAAACAAAAGGCAAAACAUUGAGGUAUAUGCAGAAACGUCAAUUUCAGAUUAAGGCUAGGACUAUUCAUUCUCGUCAGUGUUCGAACCAUCCUCCACAGUUCCGUUUCUAAAGCCAGAGGACACAAGUGAGCGACGAUGGAUGCGCUUUGUAGACUUUGUUCUUGACUUGUUUCUCGGCGACUCUUCCGUAGCCUUUCUCUUCUUUUUCGAGUUACCAAGGUACCCAAAAGCAAAAGCUUCCAAUGCCUUUGUAGUCAACGGUCGGGUCCUUGUACUCUGCCUUCGACCAGGAAACAGAUCACCGGUUACCAGCAGCUCCUGUGGCUUACACUGCAUUUCCACAUCCAAUAGAAAAGAAGAUGACUGCUCUGCACAAGAACUCUCACUGUUCUGUACCACGUCUGUGAUGACAGUAUCAGUACCAUCAUCUUCACGUUCUAGUGAGAUUUGCGAAACGUUCAAGUCGAAAUCUUCUCUGGCUUCAGGUCUUUCCGAUGAUAUUUGGCGAUCCUCAUUUCUUCGACAAGAGCUAUCUUCUGCAAAGGAAUCGGUUGAGGACAGUUUCGGAGUUUGAUCUUGAUCGAUAUGGUCCUCACUCAUCAACACUACAUUUUGAUCAGCUUCUGAUGGGUUUGGUCUCAUCUGUGUCCCCUUUUUCACUGUUUUCUUUUUCCUGUACUGAGUUUCACCAAAACAACCUGAUUCUCUCAAGGUACAGUCUGCCAAGCUACUCCUUUUGGCGCAGACGGGUAACAAUUUUGAAUUUCUUGGUCUCCCGCCUUUCCGGUUCUUCUGCUGUCUCUCAUUGAGCGAAAUGGUGGUCCGACUCGUGGAAUUGUCCAUGUUUACAGAGCUGCUCUUACCAGAACUAAUACAGUCCCCACGGCACACUCUUGAAGCCAUUGAUUUAGCUGUUGUCUCUGCCUUGUUUUCAGAUUCUUCUGACAGGUUAUCCUCAGAUUCGCUCAAGUGACUUGGGGAGUUUGCUAUUGAAUUGCCGGCCUCAACAGGCAGUGAUCUUAGCUCUUUCAAUGUACAUCCUUCCACACCAUUCGCCUCACUGGUAUCCACAAUAGUAAACAUGGUGACCUCCUCCUGACUUUUGCAGCGUGGUUGUAGGUACCUUUUCUUCUUCUUGCUGUUUUGUGAAGAAUCAUCAGAAUCGUCAAAGUUUAACGGCGGGUCAUUCUUGAUUUCCUCUUCUUUGCUCACUCUCUCCUCUCGAUCCUCAUCAGUUGUGAGCUCAAGAAGCGUGGGAUCUAAAGCAACUUUGUUCAAGACAUCAGUGAGAGAAUCAAAGUAGUGAUUCCCCUUUGACAUCUUCCUCCUGGAAAACUUAUUGGCUUCCGGUAUGAGAAAAACAAGAGAAUUCCUCGGACCAUCUUUCGGCUGCUCAGAGUGCCACCCUCUUGCCAGUAAACGUGGCCAAACAGCUUCCCAGAAGAGGUCACUGGACCGCGUUUUGCUCAGCCUAUACUCUCCGGUUAAGAAUUUGACAAUAUCGGCAAUCGGAAGGUCAUUGCGUAUUCGUACUCCAGAGGCUCUAUGAUUCAACUUGGUUGGCUCUAACGCGCAGUUGGACAAAUCUUUUUUUCCUUUACCUAUACCAAUCGCUUCUGUAAGCAUGUCGAUACCAACCGUGUUCUUUAAAGUGAACACAUACUCCUCCAGUGCAACCUUAUCUUCUCUAAAUGCUUUGGAUACCUACAAGCAACAUACUGUUGCAUUCCUCAGAUACAUGAGACGAGAUCCGAGAGAGCAGUUCUUGUUGCCUCCAGCCUGUCAACAACUUGUGGCCUUGAACAGAGCGUCUGCUUCUCAGCUUGCGUCCAUCUACCCACCUCAGGUAUGCAUUGGACAUGUAAAAGCUGCCGUAAUAGUAUGCGAGCAUAUCUCCCAUCUUUUUGCUCCCAACAAAUCUCUGCACCAAGGCAAGGUUUUUCCCAAGACAGUAGAGGCCAAGAAGAAACCUCUCCUGCUCGGUGUCUUCCCAAGACUCACCCAAAGUCCCAGGGAAUGGAUAGAGGCUCUUCUCGAGCCACUCGAAUUUGAACUUAGCGUUUCUUUGGCAUGGCAACGCAAGCACCAUACUCCUCGGUUUCAUUCUAGGUUUCUCCAAGGGAACAUCGCUUGUGGGAUUCCCUUUCUCACUCUCGGCUUCACGGAAACCUCUGAAUUUCUCACUUCUUGCCCACAUGAGUGGGAUAGGCAGAGGGAAUGUGACCAGACUCUGCAGGUGAGGCUCUGAUCCGAAGCAUCUAAUGAGCUUUAAACGAUCGUGUUCUGGGACUAGAGCCGGGAUAUCUGCCUGGUACUGAUCUCCAACACGCGGAUGUACCUCAGGCUCUCCAUUGAUUCCAUGCAGAUAUGCAGAAUAUGGUUGUUUAGAGGAUUCAUCGACCACGCCUUCCAUGUCAUCAUCUGAGUGGAUUGGCUCCAUCUCCACGGAACAAGUCCAACAUUCAGAAAAAAAAAAAAGCCAACGUCGAGCAAACAAAAUCAAAACCAGAGCAAAGCGAAAUGGGAACCCAGAAGGUUUAUGAAUCUAUUUUGAAUCUAGAUGUCAACUUCGCGUGUGAUUCGUAUAACCCAAAGAGCUAACGAUACGAACAACAAACGGCGAAACAGACAGAGCAAUGGAAAGAAAC